UCUUUCUCUCUCUAGAUUUUUUUUUUUUUUUGCCCUUUAUAUCAACCCCAAACAGUCCCGAGAGGCCACAUUCUCACUCCGGUCUCUCACUAGCAUCAUGGUCACUUCUUCUUCUUCUACUCCACUAUCUAUUGCUCUUGUAUUGCUACUGUGCAUAGCUGGUGUAUAUUCGACCUCCACUGUCCCAACCAAGAUCGGCAAGGGCUACCGUCUGAUCUCCAUUGACGAGACCCCUGAUGGAGGUCUUGUGGGCCACCUCCAAGUCAAGCAGAAGAACUCAAUCUACGGCCCCGAUAUCCCCCAUUUGCUGCUCUAUGUCAAGCAUGAAACUCAAGAUCGUUUGAGGGUAUACAUAACAGACGCAGAGAAGCAAAGGUGGGAAGUACCGUACAAUCUUUUGCCAAGACAACAACCUCCUUCAUUGAAGCAGACCAUUGGGAGGUCAAGAAAGAACCCAGUAACAGUCUCAGAGUAUUCAGGAAGUGAGCUCAUAUUCUGCUACACCGCGGACCCAUUUGGGUUUGCGGUGAAGAGGAAAUCAGACGGUCAGGCCCUUUUCAAUUCCAGCUCUGAUCAAUCAGACCCGUAUAACAAUUUGGUGUUUAAGGAUCAGUAUCUGGAGAUAUCAACCAGAUUGCCCAAAGAUGCUUCGCUGUAUGGUUUGGGUGAGAACACACAGCCACAUGGGAUUAAACUGUAUCCAAACGAUCCUUACACUCUGUACACAACUGAUGUAUCAGCCAUUAAUCUCAACACUGAUCUGUAUGGGUCCCACCCUGUGUACAUGGACCUGAGGAAUGUGGGUGGGGAGGCCUAUGCCCAUGCAGUGUUGCUGUUGAACAGCAAUGGGAUGGAUGUGUUUUAUACAGGGAAUUCAUUGACAUACAAGGUCAUUGGGGGUGUUUUCGACUUUUACUUCUUUGCCGGUCCCACACCUCUAGCUGUCGUUGAUCAGUACACUGCCCUAAUAGGCCGGCCUGCUCCAAUGCCGUACUGGGCUCUAGGAUUCCACCAAUGCCGAUGGGGUUACCAUAAUAUAUCGGUAGUUGAAGACGUUGUUGAGAACUACAGAAAGGCGAAAAUCCCACUUGAUGUGAUGUGGACUGAUGACGAUCACAUGGAUUUUCACAAGGAUUUCACCCUCAGCCCUAAGAACUUCCCUCGUCCAAAGAUGUUGGCAUUUCUGAACAAAAUACAUUCCCGAGGUAUGAAGUACAUUGUCCUCAUUGAUCCUGGAAUUAAUGUUAAUUCUAGCUAUGGUGUCUACCAAAGGGGUUUGGCCAACGAUGUUUUCAUCAAGUAUGAAGGUAAACCUUACCUAGCCCAAGUUUGGCCAGGAGCUGUCAACUUCCCUGAUUUCCUUAACCCAAAAACCGUUGAUUGGUGGGGUGACGAAAUCCGGAGAUUCCAUGAACUUCUUCCUGUUGAUGGCCUAUGGAUUGACAUGAAUGAAGCUUCGAAUUUUUGUUCUGGAUUGUGUACAAUCCCAAAGGGGAAGCAGUGUCCAACUGGAAGUGGACCUGGUUGGAUCUGUUGCUUGGAUUGCAAGAACAUAACGAAAACAAGAUGGGACGAUCCACCAUACAAGAUAAAUGCUUCAGGAUUGCAAGUGCCAGUAGGGUACAAAACCAUAGCCACCAGUGCAGUUCACUACAAAGGAGUCUUGGAGUACGAUGCUCAUAGUAUCUAUGGCUUCUCUCAAUCGGUUGCAACUCAUAAGGCUCUUCAAGGGCUUUCAGGCAAGCGGCCAUUUGUACUAUCUCGUUCCACUUUUGUCGGGUCAGGCCACUAUGCUGCACACUGGACAGGUGAUAAUCAGGGCACUUGGGAGAAUUUGCGUUAUUCAAUUUCUACCAUGCUGAAUUUUGGCAUUUUUGGGGUUCCAAUGGUGGGAGCAGAUAUUUGUGGAUUUUAUCCACAACCUACAGAAGAGCUUUGCAACCGUUGGAUUGAACUAGGGGCUUUCUACCCCUUUUCAAGGGAUCAUGCAAACUUUUAUUCCCCAAGACAGGAGCUUUAUCAGUGGACAUCCGUGGCUGAGUCUGCUCGAAAUGCUCUUGGUAUGAGGUAUAGGCUCCUUCCAUAUCUGUACACAUUAAACUACGAAGCUCAUGUUAGCGGUGCACCAAUUGCCAGGCCACUCUUCUUCUCUUUCCCUACUGAAACCAAGUGUUACGAGGUGAGCACACAGUUCUUGCUAGGGAGCAGUGUCAUGGUGUCUCCCGUGCUUCAGCAGGGGAAAUCAGAAGUCCAAGCACUCUUUCCCCCCGGUACAUGGUACAGUUUAUUCGAUAUGACACAAGCCAUUGUCACAAAAGAAGCUCACUACCUUACACUUGAUGCACCUUUGCAUGUGAUCAAUGUGCAUGUGUAUCAGAACACCAUACUCCCAAUGCAGCAGGGAGGACUGCUUUCUAAGGAAGCAAGAAUGACGCCGUUUAGCCUCAUAGUGACCUUCCCGGCAGGUGCCACCGAGGGAGAAGCCAAAGGACAGCUUUUCCUCGACGAGGAUGAGCUUCCAGAAAUGAAACUCGGCAAUGGGUAUUCCACAUAUAUUGAUUUCUAUGCAAACGUCCAACAAGGAACUGUGAAGGUGUGGUCGAACGUUCAGGAGGGCAAAUUCGCUUUAGAGAAAGGCUGGAAAAUAGAGAAGGUAACAGUGUUGGGAUUGGAUGCAAUAGGAGGAGAGUUCGCGGUUGAAGUUGAGGGAAAUCCGGUUGUGGAUGUCACGAAUGUGAAGUUCAGUGCAACGGAACAGAGGUACCUAGAGGAGCUGGAAGGUGGAGGGGACAAGAGGAAGAGUAUGAUGGUAGAGAUUAAAGGGUUGGAGCUGCCUUUAGGCAAAAAAUUCUCAAUGUCCUGGAAAAUGGGGAUCAAAGCUUGAGGACAAGUAGUUUUAUCUACUUCUGUUUGGACAACUUAUCUUGAUUAUUUUCUUUUCCUUCCAAUUGUUGAACCAUUUAAAAUGUCUCAUCAGGGAUCUCUUGAUGGAAAGGAGAUGAGUUUUAAAAUGUGCUCAUCCUUUUCUCUGAGAAAAUGCCAAGAAAGUGAGGGUCAGAUCCUCCUUGGUUGUUUAGAGCUUUUUCCAUUGAUGUUGUAGUUUAAAAUAGUAAUGCAGUUCUCAUGUUUUAUUAAUUAAAGCCUUUAGAAUGUUGGAUUUGUGUCUCUUGGCUUUAUAAAAUUGGACUUCUUCUUUUGA